CGCGAGACACAUUACUCUUCACUUGAAUAUUUCGUUUCAUAGUCGGUUUUUAUUUCAUACAGUGAAGUCAAAUUUAAUAUCAAGUAAACAAAGUAGUUCUUGGAAAACUAUCAAGUAGAACAGAUAUGAAGUUUUGGAUAAUAAAUUUUUGACUUUAGAUUCAAGGAAGUAAUAAAAAUGUUUGGACUGCUGCGUCAAUUGUGUGCUAUUUCAGGUGGAUUGUUACUAACAUUUUGUGGCGGUAUACACAUCGGAUGGAGUAUAUUCCAUUUAUACAUCGCUGGCAAUAAAUGGGCAGUUGGUAUAACUGUAGACGAAUAUAGAUUUGCUAUUUUAUCAUUUUUCACUGGCGUUGGUUUUAUUUUAUUAUUACUCACAUUUUGUAAAGAUUUAGUUUCAACACGUGUUUGGUUGAUAGUGUCCAGUUUUUUUUUCCUAAUAAAUGGAAUUUUCUUUACUGCAAUGCCCACCUAUUAUGCAGCUACCGUGGCAACAAGAAUUAUAGCAGGUUUCGGACAUGGUAUCGCUCAUCUUGUUAUGACCAUAUACAUUGGAGAGAUAGCGUACAAAAAAUUUCGAGGAAAACUAAUAACUCUAAUUCCAGCGUCUAUGGUUGCAGGAGUGACAGUGUUUUCUAUUAUAUCUAUGGUUACAACAAAUCCAGUUUACAUAAUUGAGCCAGCAAUGCAACCAAAUCGAGCGUUAGGAAUUAUUAUUAUGCCGUUGAGCUGUGGUGCAAUUGUAUUGUCAUUUUUUUACACCGCUGAUUCACCUAUUUUUAUAUUGUUAACACGCAAGGACGAACCCGCUUCCCUAAACAGCAUUAAAUUAUUUCGGGAUCAAACUUCAGAAACAUCGAUUGUUAAACAAGAAUUUGAUGAAAUUAAGUUACUAGUGUCAGAAAGUGACGUGUUGUCAAAGAUGUUCAUUACUGAGGGAAAUUUCAAACCUUUUCAAUUGGUUUUAAUGAUUAAAUUAGCAAACCUACUUUUUUUUAACUAUUCAAUGAAUUUAGCAAAAAUGGCGUAUAUGUCAUUCAUGUUCACUUUAACGUUAACAAGCCAUAAUUGGGCUCCACCAAUAUUAAUGCUUAGUAAGUUGAUUGCUGUUUGCAUUGCCAUUUUUUCCGUAGAUAUUUUGCCUAGACGAUUUCAGUAUGCGAUUUCAUCAAUUUUUACCGGUUCAUUCCUUCUAGCUUUUGGGAUUGUAUUAGCUACGCAUGAAUAUUUACAACCAUGGAUAGCACCAUUUCUUUAUAUUACAGCAGAAGUAUUCAAUGCCCUUGGUAUGCUACCAAUAUCGGAAAUCCUGUUGUCAGAAGUGUUUCCUCCAAAAAAGAAGGUAUUUUCGAUUAUCAAUAUACUUAUUUGUGAAUAUGUUGGCCACAUGAUUGUUUAUAUUAUUUAUUUUAAUGUACCAAGUAAUCCUCAAAGUACAUAUAUAAAAAUAAUUGUUUUUGGAGGUGUAAUUCUUUUAAAAUGUUUGAUAGGAGUAUUAGUCAUUCCAGAUACAAGAAACACAACUCUCCGAGAAGCUGUUAAUUUGUUUUUCAAACAUUAGAUACUUUAUAACCAAACACAAAGAGCAUGUAAAAUAAAGAUUUACUAGAGAUAA